AUGGAGGAGUGCGCUUGCAUCUGCGGCUUGAGCUCUUUGCAGGGAUGUCGAUGUCCUCAGCAGAGCCAAGGCCCAGCUGAGAUGGCAGCGGCUGAGGGCAAGCCUGCCCUGGCCCUGGCCCCUGCACAAAAUAACCUCGAGGCUGACAGGGCAGCCGGGUGCUGUUGGGGGAGUGGAGGAAUCCAGAGCCCCAUGCGGCCCCCACCGCCCCUGCACUGCUCUCUGCAGGACCUGCCAGUGGAGAUGCUGGUGGAGAUCUUCGCCCAGCUCCCCGGCACCGAUCUGCUCAGACUGGCCCAGGUCUGCACCAAAUUCCACCGCAUCCUGCACACCGACAGCAUCUGGAGACGGCGCUGCCGCAAAGAGUUUGGCGUUCCUGAAGACUUGCAGAACCUGGAGAUGAUCGGUAUGUCUUAUCGAGAAGUCUAUUUGAAGCUGUUCCACCCAUACAGACACAUAUUGGGAUUGUGGCAGCUAGAUAGUGACUAUAGAGGAAAUAGAGGACUGCUGAAUGUCGUGGUGGAUGGUGUAUGCAUUACUGGCUGGAUGUAUAGUCCUGGCCUUAACACCCAUGUGCAUGGCCCAAUACGUUUCCAGCGCUCGUUCAGAAUUCGCCUGACAGAGAGGAAAUCAGCCGUGGUGGAGUGCAUGGCAGGCCGCCUCAGCAGGGCCCACCACCGCCACUUGCAGAUUUGGAAGGACAGGUUCACCAUGCAGUGCAAGAAGACAGACCGCCCAACCUAUUUACCAAGGUGGCUUAGGAGAGUACGGAGGCCGGGACUGGUGCAAAAGGACAGACAUCACUAUGACUGCCUGACCUCCAGACGCCUCUACCUCCCGCCGCACCACCCGGACGACCUCAUCAGGCCAGGCCUCUUCCAAGGCAACUGCGAUAUCUACGGCCUAACGAUUGUCAUGCUCAGCUUCCAUGGGAAGUAUGCCAGCAUCACCCAGAUCAUGGGCAACUCCAUCGAGAGGUUAGAGAUCCACCUCAUGCGCCGCAUCCAGCUGCCAGGUGGCGAGUUCUUCCGCAACUUCAGGGAGGUCUCCUGCGUGGUCAGGAAGAUUGACAAGCAGGUGAUCCGGGAGCAGCAGCAGCAGCAGCAGCAGCAAGAAGACAGGACUGAGGAAAGCGAGGGUCAUGGAUGGCAGAGCCGUGCCCAGCCCAGCGUCAGGGAGUCGGGGGCUGCAGCUUUGGAGGAGCAGCCUGUUCCAUUUGUUCUGCCUGUGGGCGUCUACUCAAGAGCCCAGAACUACCCUCGAACUUACAGGAUGUGUUUCUAUGGCAUGGGCACUCUUACCUCAGAUGGCUUCGACAACCUCAGGGGCUUCCCUGGAGUCUUCAUCCUGUUCGAUGAGAACCACUUCGGGUUCAUCUGCCUGUAUAUGCAAUACUUCAUGGUGUAUCGCAGAGUCCAGAACACCUUCCAGAAUAUUUACAAUAAAUGUUAUGUGAUUAAAGGGCCAAAAUACCCUCUAAUAGAAUACUUCUUACAUUUUAGUGGCAACAUAAUAUAUAGCUAUAAUUCUGAAACUAUACAGGCCAUUAUUCACCAGUGGUUCCUAUGCAAUGUAAUGAUUGCACUAGCUUGA